AUGGCUGCCAAGAUUGUUGUGAGCCUGCUGCUCCUUUGUGUUGCCUCAGAGUUGGUUGCUGCCCAGUGCUCCCAAAAAAGGAGUGGUCUGUGUCCAGUGGUCCAGAACCACAACCCACUGUGCAGGGGAAAACUAAAGUAUCAGUGCGUCUGCGAUUUUACCUGUUCCGAAUGGGAUAAGCCCUGCAAUUGGGUCCUCACUUGUGAGGCGGAGGUCCUCGCCAUCAACAAGGCUCGCGUCAAAAAGAAUAAACUACUGCUCUUCAGAUUACCCAAUCAAAGUCAUAAGCAGUGUCUGGACAUCAAUAUCAACACUCACAAGCAUAUAAACUGUUGCAACUUGUUCUGCCAAGCUAAUAUUAAAGAUGUGUGUUUCUAA